AUGUCUAAACAGUUUAAGUUGGGUGUUAUUACUGCUCAGGAUAUCUCGCCGCUGUGCAAGAACAAGCUUCCCCAUCCGACGGUGAUGGCGAACGAGUCGCUGGUUUCGCAGGUGGACGAGCUUCCCGAGGAGUUCCACCUGGACUACACGCCGCACCACGAGUAUAACGAGUACGUGGACCUUGGCGACCUGCCCGUGGACUCGUCCAUCAGUGAUUUCUGGAACGAGGUUAAGUCGACGCACGCGGAGGCUCCUGUGACCAGCUCUGUGACCAGCGUCGCCGAUACGGACGACGAGCUGAGACAGCUGUCGCAGUCGCUCUCGGAGGGCCACGAACACGCCCACGCCCACGCUCACGCCCAUGCGGGCUCGGAUACGUCUCUGGAGGACUUCCUGAACCACGAGGACCUCGACAACGAUAUUGUGACGCCUACACAGGAGGUGAAGCUGCUGUGUCUGAGGGACAGCAAGGGGAAGUUCACCUUGAAGACCACCGAGCGGAGCAAGAAGAACAAGGUCAAGAAGAACAAGAAGAACAAGGUCCUGCGGAGGAAGAGCGGCGUCUGCGCUAUGAUCUCCACGGGCAUCGGUAUCAACGAGUUCAUGUUGUAA